GCACCGGUUUGCUGGGGCCAAUGGAACCGGCCUGCGGUUAGCCUCGCUAUGAAAUGCCAGCGGGCCAUCGUGCUCCAUUGCAUACUGUGUUUCACCAUGGACCUCGCAAGAACAGAGCCUUUGGACUUGGAGUCAAUCCUACCAGAGAAUCCUGGCGACUACGAUAGCCUGGAACCUCCAAAAGAAAAUGGAAAGCCUACAGUCGUGAGCUUCCACGUCACUGUGCUCAGCUUAGAUUCCAUUGAUGAAGGAUCCAUGACCUACGUCGCCGACAUCUUCAUGUCACAAACGUGGCAUGACCACCGGCUACGUCUUCCCCGCAACAUGACAUCCAAGUACCGCCUGUUGCCUGUCAGCUGGCUGCAGCGCAUGUGGCGUCCGGACUCGUUCUUCAAGAACGCCAAGCGCGUCACUUUCCAGGAGAUGACCAUACCAAACCACUACAUAUGGCUCUACUCCGACAGGCGCAUCCUCUACAUGGUCAAGCUGACCUUGCUGUUAUCAUGUGCCAUGAAGUUUGAGACCUAUCCCCACGACACCCAAGUCUGCACGCUCAAGAUGGAAAGCAUCUCGUACACGACGGACGACCUGGUGUUCGCGUGGGAGGAGGACGUGCCUCUUGUGGUGGAUGACUCAAUUGAGCUGCCUCAGCACAACCUUGUCUCCACCACCAUGGGAGACUGCACGCAGGUCUACUCCACAGGCAACUUCACCUGCAUCCAGCUCGUGUUCACGCUCAAGCGGCGACUGGGCUACUACAUGUUUCACACGUACAUUCCGACAUGCCUGAUCGUCAUCAUGUCCUGGAUAUCCUUCUGGAUCAAGCCCGAGGCCGUGCCCGCCAGGGUGACCCUGUGUGUCACCAGUCUUUUGACUCUGUCCACGCAACACGCACAGUCACAGAAGUCUCUUCCGCCGGUGUCCUACAUCAAGGCCAUCGACAUCUUUAUGUCCUCGUGCACCGUGUUCGUGUUCGCCUCUCUCAUGGAGUACGCUCUAGUGAACAUACUGAUGGGCGAAGCCCAGACUGACGACGACGGGCGCCGAAGGAGCAUCAGGGCCGUGGUCGUCUCACCGCGGAUGUCUGAAAACGCUGCCCUGCCAAACGGUACAAAGCUACCCAAGCCGCCAGAGGCCAUUGCCAGUGAGUGCCGUGAAAGGGCCAUGCUUGUAGACAAGAUCAGCCGUGUCAUCUUUCCAACGUCAUUCAUCCUGCUCAACUGCGUCUACUGGUCCCUGUACAUCGAUUCCUGAGGUCGGUGCUGAGAAGACUCAUGCCCUGUGGCCAAACGCACUUGGCGGAUUCCUGACGCUUUGUGAUGCUCGAGCAACAAACCUUUGGCAUCGGUCAAAUGAAGCGCCCCGGCCAUCUUCCUUCCAAGACUGCAUCUUUCAGCAUGCUGAUGCCAAAAUGGCCCACCACUGCGUCCUCUCAUGUGCGGGACUUCCCCAUUCACCCACAUUUCUCCCAAAUCUCGUAAUUAUCGCUAUGUAACCCUUCGUACGGGUUGUGAGCGGGUUCCUAGACACGGGCAAAGAACACCUGCAAAGUGCCGAAAGACAGAAUGAACGCAGUUUUCUUUCGCUUGCCCAACAUUUCGAGAAGUGUUACGUGAAGCGUGUUCAAUGCGCCUGUUAUGGACAGUCUCUCACAUGACCACACGCCUCAGUGGAUUCUUCUAAAGUGAUUCAAGCCAUACUAAGUGGGCGGCUUCCGAUUUAUUUGUUAGCCUAGUCGGAAGCCGUACUGUACAAUUUUCAUCUCGCAUGCAUGUAACGAUAUCCGGUAUUUUAAGAGUCACUGAAAACACUGUCGUGAUUUGUUUUUUGUUUUUUUUUGCGUCAAGUGAGGUACAGUUGGCGCAAAGUUGUGGCAUGUCGAAGUCAGAACGACCUCAUCUCGCUGUUGUGACUAAACAAGAUCUGUGAAUUUCACCAUGACACAUAAUUACCGCGGAGGUACAGGAGAUGACUUAAGUUCUUUGAAAGGAAAAGAAAGAAAAGCUGGUGUGCAAUAGAUGGCGGUGUGCAAUAGAUGGAAGCAACGGAGGCAUUCGUGCUUUUAUCUUGAAUAUUGACACCGCCACUGCGGCACCAUUUCGUCAAGUAUUUUUUUUUUCUUUUCGUGCUGCCAGCCUUUCGAGUGUUGAGAUUGUAAAGUAACCGUCCCAUUAACUCGUAUGCUCGAAGUUGAUUAACCGAAACUGGGUAAAGCCUUCUCGCUUAAACUGCGAACCUUUCCUUCUGAGCUAAAAUUUGUGCGUUUUAACAGCAGCUUCGCGCUGCUCUAGACCACAUCACAUUUUUUAAUAAAAAUUCACUGUAAUUACCACUGUCAUGUGCAUCGUGAAAAGAGUUAAGGUCCGCAGACGCAGAUGCAAGUGAAGGGAACAAGACGACACAAGCGCCGUCGAUCGAAUAGGAGGGGGCAACUCAGGUGGGAAAGAAAGUUCUCGCUUUUUUCUUCUCGUAGCGACGUUUAGCUACUGAUUCAGUUGCAAGAUCGAAUACGAAGCGUAUUUUCCCGAAAUAUAUUCGACUGCUUAGCCCACGAUCUCUGAAGCGUCCGAUGUCUGCAUACAAAUUUACCGACGACCCUCGAGCCUGGUAGUUUCAUGCAAUAAUUACAGGCCUGUCAAACAACGAGUCGAACAUAACCUCACAGAUGAGGACAGGAACUAUCUAAUAACGCUGUCUCACUCUUUCCUGACCUUUGCGCUGCAAAAUUGAAAGAUAUUUGCGUUAUGUUACAGAGCUAUACAAUUUUGUCACUGGUUUUCUCCUCAGAGUUUCUUGACCUCACGUGACAGCAUUAGGUUUUUUUAAAUAAUUUAACUGUAUGAAGAAAAUACUAGGUGUUGGUACGUUGUAGUAGUAGUGGAUACUUCCUUGCCAAAAAUGCUUAUUAGAAACACGAAUAUGUCUCUAUCGGUCAAGAUACAACAAUGAAAGUCACACGGCCCCCUAAGGCGACUCGAAGGCGAAAGCCUUCUUCUUUCUCUUCUAAGACAAUUUAUUGAUUCUUCCCGGCUCCCGCAACUUUCUGCAUCCCACGUGGUUUUGCAGGGCCUCCGGAAUCGGUCCAUUUUUGACCAAGCGCUGGUGUGUGAUGACGUCUUUAUGUGAAAUAUCGUUAUGCGGCGUCAGAGUGACGUGAUAAUGAUCUCUUAAAUCUUGGCGAUUUGUGACGUGAUGUUGACAUCAUAUGAUGACGUCACCACUUGAUUUUUCUGCGUCGCUAUCGUAGUUACUCCGACGCUGCAGACAGCGAUGGUGACUUUUUGCGUAUGAUAAACUAUCUGAGGCUUUCGCCUUAAAAAUGACGCAAACAAGUUCAUUUGGGUAGACAUGUGUGAAUAUCAGCAUGCAGCUGCCAUGACAGCCAUACAUAUAUAAAAAUUGCGCAGUUUAGUGCAUCGUGGGUCUAACGUCUAACAUGCGGUGUUUACCAGGCGCAUAUUAUACGAAAGUGCUCGUAAAUGUCCGCCUCGUUCGAACACGAGACAAACAUAGCUGCUCUAUAGUGCUAUUUUCAAUGCGUUUCCAAUAUAUUUUGCUGUUGCACGUAUUUAUUUUGUUCUCACCCCUAUAGAGAAUCGUCUUCGUUCUAUUAACCGCUUCUCAAGUGUCGUUAUUUUUUUCUUUCUGUAUAAACAGCAUGAGCACAUGAACAACAAAGGCUCCGUAGCAUUCCAGAAAACUGCUCUAAAUUUGUUGAGUUCAAUGAAUGGCAGUCGGUUAAUAUUUUCGUAAUCGCGACAGUUGGUACCUUUUCGGUGCAAAUUGUUUAGGAAUGUAUAACUUCAAUUUAUACUCUUUGCCCCCCUCUGCCCUUCCCCCCGAAUCAAUAUACACAAAGGCAAAGCAGUUGUUUCUGAGUUAGGCUUUCCAAAUGGAAGAAAUGAAAUCCAUAAAUACUCCCGUUUCAUUAUUUCAAAAAAGGUAAGUAGCCUGAAUUACGAAACACGAAGUUGUUGCAGUCAGCAGUUACUCGAAGUUAAGACCCGACCAGAUUCUUGUGAGUCGCUGUGCUUAAUGAGUAUUUUUGAAGAUCAAGCUUGAACAUUUCUCUGCGCUAUUCUCUGCUGCUGCUAUUGUAGCAGCAGAGCUGGAUAUGCUCGCACAUUUUUCUCCUUUUACCUGCUCAUGACUUCACACCUUUUAGUGGAAGGCGAUCACUAAAAUUCCUCUUUCAGCGGCAAGUGACGAGUCUGACUGCGAGAAAACAUUUCAGAGUGACUAGAAGACAUGUCUGUGCUGGAUUUUCAAACUUGAGGUCUGUUAAUGAGCGUUCUGGUGGCAGUAGCCAGACUGGAAAAAGUUCUUCCAUAAACCUUUCGCGAAAUUAAAUGGUUGGACAUCUGUGAACCGCUGUUACUGCUGAGUUUCUCUAAUUCUUUCUGCGCUUCAAUUUGUUUUCCUGGACUAAAAUAAACAUUAAUAAC